AUGAAAUUUUCUCCUAAGGAAUUAAGAACUUUUGUAUUGCUGGAACAAAUAUUUGGAAUUUUCAAUUAUAGAAGAAUAAUAUUAAUAUCACAAAAGUAGUAGAUGAAACCAAGUUGAUUGUAGAUAUCAAAUAUGUGAAGAAAAUUAAUUUAAAAGAUUUAACACAGUAAGAUGAUUAAUAGUCAAUAAAUAUAUCGAAACAAGCAAUCAAUGCUCAAACAUCUAAAUAAACAAUUAAGCAAUUAACAAGAUCAGUUUUAGUUGUGGAUCCAAUAGAUAGAAUAGAUAAGAUUGUUAAAGAAAGGAUAGAAUUGGAAUCGUUUUUUAAAAUUAAGAGAUAUUAUUGAAUCCUAAUUUUGCAACAUUAGCCUAUGAAAUUGAGAAACCAGAUAUAAUAUGCAAAGGAGAAAGAAAGUGCUUUUCUGGAGUACAAUUUCAAAUUACAAGUUAGUUUGAAUAAACUUAAUUACAAAAUUGGGCUUUAAUAUAUCAUGUUGAAAAUGAAAAGUAGAAAAAGGAUUUUCUAUAUGAAUUUCAAAAGUAUGGUAAUAGAUAUGGAUUAAAUUUGUCAAUUCCACAUAAUUUGUCAGUAAGAAGUUAUAACGGUUAUGAUUGGAUAUCAUGUCUUUAAUAACAUAUAAUUAAAAAUGGACAACCACAACUAGUUAUUUCAUUGUUGGGAGAGAAAAAUAACAAAAGUAUAUAUAAAGCAUUAAAACAAUAUUUAAUUGCAAAAGAAGGAGUUUCUCAUUAAAAUAUUACUUUAAACGUAAUUUAGAACAGCAGGUUUAUCAUGAUAGUUCCAAAAAUAAUGCUAUAAAUACAAAGCAAAUUAGAAAUUAAACAUGGAUGA